AUGUUCGCUGUACGAAACGUUUCACUCAAGUCCUUGCUGAUCUUCGUUGUUGUCGCUCUACUGUGUCUACAGAGCUUCGGGUAAGAUUUUGGUUUUUUUAUUUUUUUUUGUUGUUGUAAUAUAUUUCCAUACCUUAAAAGUGCAAGAAGUCAUACUAUCAAAGAAACUAGGUUCCUGACACCUUGUGGAAAUAUUUUAACUUCCAAUUGUCUAUUGAAACAGUUUCUCGAUGCUUGGUGGUUAAUUACCUAUGUAUUCAAACGUUUUUGAGUGGGUUUCGUGUUGUCUACUCACUUUUUAACGUUGUUAACAUUGAGUUCAAUUAAAGAUAAGUGAAUUUUUGAGAAAAGCUGGCAAUAAAAUUAUGGAUAUUUACAUUUUAGUACUCUACCUUUAUGUUCUUUACACGCAGGCUUUGUGAUAAUAUAACAAGAUAUUGUUCUUUUAACAUAAAAUGCAUUUUUAUUCACUUUUUGAAAAAAAAAAUAUUUUUUUUGCUGUAGAGUGUUAAAAUAAUAGGUUUUUAAAAUUAUUUUUGGUAUUUUAAGUGUAGAGAAAUUUGUAAGGUGGUAAUUAAGCUUUUACUAUGAAGCUGUUUAUCUAGGUGUAUUUACAUUUGUGUACCUUAUCUUUGGUGAGCUUGCAUGGUCUUCAGAAUUAGUUUUGUUACUCUUUUAUUGUCUUGUCUUAUUUCAUUCAAGCAAAUUUCAUUUCCGUCAACAGAAGCUCGCUACAGUAAUCAAGUUUGUGCUUGUGCGUUCUUUAUCUUAAAUUGUCAAUUUAUUUUUAAAAACUUGGGCUUUUUUGUGUUAACCGGUAUCCUGCUACAUAAAACUUCAGUUACUGAUUAAAUUUUGUCGAUUUACUUUCAAAGUACUUUUUAAGAACAGGCUAGAAACCAUUUUAACAAUAAGAAUACAGUAGUCAAAAAGUGAUUUGCUUAAUACGUCUAAGUACUAUUACCAAAUCGACUAUGUCACGGUGCAAACCCAAUAUCCGUUGAUAUCACCCUUAAGGGGCCAAUAAAACGGUAGUAAACAAACCUAAUCUUUUAUUUAUUUUCUGUCGAAACCGAUACGUUUUGAUCGUAUUACUUUCAUUUACUUUAACUUGCGUUCGUACAUAACGUAAGUUAAAGUAAGAUUGUAAAUGUCUGAUUUUUUAUAAUUUGUCUAUAGACUUCUUGACCAAUAGAAACUUUAGCUACCUUUGUUUACUAUAUUAGGUUAUAUAUAUUAUGAUGAUGACUUAAGUAUAGUUUAAAGACUAAGCCUUUUGAAUAUAAGUCUUACUUCUUAACAAUCUACAUCGGAUGUAAUUUUAUAUAGACAUGAUUAGCUGCAAGCAAAAUGGGUCAAAAAAGUGCGGUAAAAAAGGCAAUUACUGUGUUUUGCACAAAGUUAGAGAGAGCAUCGACAUACCACACAAAUAUCAAUACACUGUUCUUUUUAAACAUAACUAUAAGGACUAAACAUCAUUUCACAGUGUGGACUAAUAUCUUGUUAAAAAUCAAAUUUAUUAAAGCUGUUAUAAAGAUAGACUCCGUAUUUAAAAAUUUAAAAUUUCAGAUUCAGAGCAGACAAAAAAGCGAUGCGAAACUCUUUGGUCAGAUUCGGCAAACGAGAUGGCGCAGCCGCACCAGCAGCUCCAGUCCAACCAGGAUACCAGAUGAAUUUACCGAUGGAAUCGUUUGGCCAACAGAAUCCAGUCUUCGGCUACUACCAACGAUACUACAACAACUACGGAUUCUAA